CAUAAAUUAUUCAGCAUCACCUAGAAGCGUCGCACCAGCUCGAGUGCACUGAUGUGCUGGGUAUUAUACGUACUUUUUAUUUAUGAUUAUUUAUAAUAAGAGGCUUUUCACUGAAGUCAUUACCUAAAAUAUUAAGAAAAACGUAAAAACGAUAUAUUUUUCUCAGUUUUUGUAUGGAACAAUAACUCAAAAGUCUGAUCACCUGGUCACCUGUGCUUGUCUUUCGAGACUGCUGUUGACAUUUUUCUCUUAUUAUUAUUAUUAUAUUUUUUUGUUUUGAGUUCUGAACUGAGUUUCGACAUGUGGACCUUUCUUGGAAUUGCAAGUUUCACAUAUAUCUAUAAGAAAUGCGAUGCCCUGGUGAGUGACGCGCCCAGAGAGCUGCUGCUGGCCGCGGUGCUGUGCGUGUCUGUGGGGCUGAUAGUCACGUGUCUCGGCUUUCGUGGACAGACGCUCAAAACGCCUCAAUUUGUCCAGAUUCCUCUCAACCUCUUGACUUCCUUUCCUCCGACCAAAAAACUCUUCUCCAAGUCCACUACAGACUGUGGCAGUCGCAUUUCUAAGAAGAGAGAUGUAAAGCGAAAGAGGGCGACAGACAGUCAGUCCAGUCAGGGAGAGGAUCCAGAGGUCAUCAUAGUGGGUGCUGGUGUGCUGGGGUCAGCCAUGGCCGCCGUUCUGGCCCGGGACGGCCGGAGGGUCACAGUGGUGGAGAGGGACAUGAGAGAACCAGAUCGGAUAGUGGGAGAACUUCUUCAGCCGGGAGGAUAUCGGGCACUCAAAGAACUUGGCCUGGAGGAUGCUGUUGAAGGUCUGGACGCCCAUGUGGUGAACGGUUAUGUAAUCCAUGACCUGGAGAGCCGAACGGAGGUGGAGAUCCCUUAUCCCCAGCAGGAGAGCAGCAUUCAGGGGGGACGUGCUUUCCACCACGGACGCUUCAUCAUGGGACUGCGCCGAGCUGCUCUCGCUGAGCCCAAUGUGAAGUUUGAGGAGGGAACAGUGACCAGCCUGGAGGAAGAAGACGGAUGUGUGACUGGAAUUCUGUACAGGGAGAAGGAUUCGGGGACGAUCAAGGAGAUCCAUGCUCCCCUGACUGUAGUUGCUGACGGAUGUUUCUCCAAGUUCCGUAAGAAUCUGAUUUCUGGGAAAGCUAAAGUGUCUUCUCAUUUUGUUGGAUGCAUAAUAAAGGACUCUCCUCAGUUCAAGCCCAACCAUGCAGAGCUGGUUCUAGCUGAUCCCAGCCCAGUGUUGAUCUAUCAGAUCUCCUCCAAUGAAACUCGGGUUCUGGUGGACAUCAGAGGAGACAUGCCUCGAGACCUUAUGGGGUACAUGACGGAAAAAAUCUACCCACAACUACCAGAGCACUUAAAGGAGCCGUUCAUGUUGGCGCUGCAGAAUGAUCGCUUGAGAACAAUGCCUGCCAGCUUCCUGCCGCCUGCACCAGUCAAUAAACACGGGGUUCUGCUGUUAGGCGAUGCGUAUAACAUGCGUCAUCCUCUGACCGGCGGCGGCAUGAGUGUGGUGCUGAACGACAUCCGCAUCUGGAGAGAGCUGCUCAAGAACAUCCCUGAUCUCUAUGACAACACAGCUGUGCUCCAGGCAAAGAAGAAAUUCCACUGGGAACGGAAAUCAUCUCAUUCAUUUGUGGUGAACGUUUUGGCUCAAGCUCUGUAUGAACUCUUUGCUGCGACCGACAAUUCACUGCAUCAGUUGAGAAAAGCCUGUUUCCACUAUUUCAAGCUUGGAGGAGAAUGCAUCAAUGGACCGAUCGGCCUUCUGUCCGUAUUGUCACCGAAACCCUUCACUCUGAUUUGUCACUUUUUCGCUGUGGCGUUAUACGCCAUAUACUUCAGCUUCAGAUCUGAAUCCUGGCUCACCAUACCACGAGCUCUGGUCAACAGCAUAGCCAUAAUGUACAGAGCCUGUGCCGUCAUGUUUCCUCUUAUUUACUCGGAGUUACAGUACCUGAUUUACUAGGAAGGAUCUUCUGUCAAACUGAAAAAGAAACUGAUGCCUUCGGUCGUGGAACAUGACAAAUCUGCUGGCUAAAUCCGAGUGCCUAAUUAUUUGGGAAAAAGGGUUUCAUGUCAGACACUGCACAAGGAACAAGUGUCGGAUGAGGAAAUGCAUAUGGUGUCUGAUAGUAAUAGACAAAGACCCUUUGAUGUAGUGAAUUCAGCCUUAUCCUGCAAUUAAACGAGGUUAAAUCCUGUGCUUUAGUUUCAUGUCAGCAUGAAACAACAUUUACAAACUAUUUCUUAUACAGUCUCACAUGUUUCAGAGGGAUGUGCAUUAAGUAAAUCUGGUCUACUUUAAUUUCUUGAUGUUUUCGUCCAGUCAGAAAUGUGUGUUUUUACUACCAUUUCUGAGUGCAAAAUAAAUUAAUUCUUCAAUUCAUAAAGAUUAAACCACUCGGCUGCUUAAGUUGUAAAUUUGUGUAUAUAUUUUAGCUGUUUUCAAGACACUAAAGACAAUCAAUGGGCUGCAUCUCAUUUGUAGCUAAAGCACUUGUUUUCUUCAUGUGCCUUGUUUUAUUGCACAUAUUUCAGACUUUUUAUUUUAAAUUGUGUCCAUUUAUCAUGAUUUUCACAUGGGGCCUUCCAAUUUCAUUUUUGCCUUUCUCUAUUGUUUAAACGUUCAACAUUUUGUGCCGUCAAAAAAUGAUAUGAGCAGUGAAUAUGGCAUUCAGUAUAAAGUAAAAUCAUGUGGAUAUUUACUGAAAAGAGGCCAAAAGCUUAAUGUGAAGACUAAUUGUGGCUCUGUGUUCAUAGUAUUUCUGGCGGUGUAGCCACUCUAUAUAGAUUGUUCUUUCAUAUAAUUUGUCCUCUUUUUAUAUUGAUUUUUUUUUUUUUUAUAUUAUAACAGACUGGAAUGACCCAGUAACAUUUGAGACCCUGUUCUAGCUUUGUAUUUUAAAAUGUAUCAUUCUUUUAUAAUUGGACAGAGGUGUGUGGAAUAAUAAAAAAUUAAUAAAAAAAAAGUAAAUUUUGUGCAAAUUAUAUGUCCACCAGGUGACGCCCUUGCCCCAGCAGGAUGUAAACAGCAUCCCUCUGGUCUUGUAAACAAAAUAAAAAGAUUGAACAUGAA